GACGACGAGCACGCGGCCUGGAUGGCCAGGCACCCCUCCGCCCUGGCCAAGUUCGAGGAGAUCGUGGCCGCCUCCAAAGGGAAGCAGAUCGUCAUGUUCCUUGACUACGACGGCACGCUGUCCCCCAUCGUCGAUGACCCCGACGCCGCCUUCAUGAGCGAGACGAUGCGGAUGGCCGUGCGCAGCGUGGCCAAGCACUUCCCGACGGCGAUCGUCAGCGGUUGGUGCCGCGACAAGGUACUACACCUGCACCUCCAAGCAGCACCCCUACCAGCAAUUAAUGAGCUCCCAUUGCCAUCGUCCACCACCACCACUACCCCUAACCAAACGGAGCCUUCAAUUUCGUUUCGCAGGUGUUUGAGUUCGUGAAGCUGGCGGAGCUCUACUACGCCGGCAGCCACGGCAUGGACAUCAAGCCCCCGGAGAUGCUCAGGCGGAUCAAAAGGUAGUGCUUUCUUUCCUCAGCUAUUCGUAUCACAUAAAUGUGUUCCUAUUUGCUCAUGCAGACUUAUUAAUCAGUGGGAUUGUGAUGAGUAAAUGCUUCAAGGUUUGGGCACAUCACAGUUCAUAGUUAGAUUGUAUUACUUGUUUAAAUCGUGAUGCAAAGUGCGAUCAUGUGUAUCUUAUUUCGAUUCAUAAUGAACUCCCAUUGCCAUCGUCCACCACCACCACUACCCCUGACCAAACGGAAUUCUUGAUGCGUUUUUGUUUGUCCCGACCGAUUUAUUGUUAAGAUUAAUUACGCUUCAAGCAUCCGAUCUAUGGCUUUCUAGAGUAAGCACAAGCGGAACUCAGUAAUAGAAAAUCUGAAAGUUCUUAACUAAUCAUUAAUUGGAUAAAAUAAACAAAAUGCCACAGUUACCAAUAGGCUUGUUUGAACAACAGAUAUAGUUCAACGGAUGAAAAAAAAUGGAAGGCCAUAAAAUUGGC